AUGCGUUCAAUAUGUAAUGGGUUCAUUGGAGUAGAACGUUUUGGGUUUGAGUUGGAAAAACCACAAAAUUUAAUUGCUUUGGGCAAAGUGAUGAUGGCAAUCAUCGAGAAGAAAACAUCACCUGCGACCAACAAAGUUUUUCAUCGUCUCUUAAAGCUUUUCCGGAAAGUUCUUUACUUUAAUGACAACCGUGUUGUAAUAUCAUUGCACACAUUCUUCUAUUGUCAACAACAACAACUUACUAAAUACACUAUGGUGACGUUCAUUCACAUAGAUAAAGAUUGGAUAUUAUAUCAGAAGAAAGAAUGA